AACUUAUUUGGUGUAUGGUUGAUAAUAACAUGUCAAAACAAAGUGGAAUCGUACAACACAUUAAAUUUAAUGAAAUAACAACAAAUUUUUAUGUUAUUUAUAUGAAUUAAAUAUAUAAAAGAAGAAAAUAUGAAAAUAAUGGAAGAAAAAAAGAAUUUAAUAUUAAGUGCGAGUUAAAGAACUAUUUAAAUGGACUAAAAUAUUUGUUAAUGAAAAAGGCGCGUAUUAUUUUGAAGGAUAUUUUUUGUAUAUAAAAUGGAUUCAGAAAAUAGAGUGGUUGUUUUAAUUGAUAUGGACUGCUUUUAUUGUCAAGUCGAGGAAAAAUUAAAUCCAGAUUUGAAAGGAAAACCAAUUGCUGUUGUGCAAUACAAUCCUUGGAAAGGAGGAGGAAUUAUAGCUGUGAAUUAUGUAGCGAGAGCAAUGGGGGUCACUAGACACAUGAGAGGGGAUGAAGCUAAGGAGAAGUGUCCGGAAAUACAGCUGCCUUCAGUUCCUUGCCAGAGAGGAAAGGCUGACAUAACAAAAUAUAGAGACGCAGGCAAGGAUGUGGCUAGAGUUCUUCAAAAAUAUACUUCAUUACUAGAAAGAGCAUCCAUCGAUGAAGCUUAUCUGGAUAUAACGGCAUCUGUGCAAGAACGACUCAGGAGUCUGAACAUACACUCGGUAACAAGCAAUAUGAUGCCUAACACAUUCGCUCUUGGCUAUGAAAGCAUACAGGAGCUAGUGUCCGAUGUGCACAACUACGGUGGUGAUUGCAUGGAAUUCGAUCAGGAGCACGCGAGCCGCUUGCUGGUCGGCGCGGUCAUUGUGAGCGAGAUUCGAGCUGCGGUAUAUGAAGAAACGGGUUACCAAUGUUCAGCUGGGAUUGCACACAAUAAAAUACUGGCGAAACUCGUUUGUGGCAUGAACAAGCCAAACAAACAGACAGUUCUGCCUAAGCACUCCAUAAAUUUGCUAUACAAAACACUAUCCAUAAAGAAGGUGAAGCACUUGGGUGGAAAAUUCGGAGACAUUGUUUGUGAAACGUUAAAAAUUAAACUAAUGGCGGAACUUCAGAAAUAUACAGAAAAGGAGCUGCAGUCGAGAUUUGAUGAGAAAAAUGGAACUUGGUUGUACAACAUAGCUCGCGGCAUUGAUCUAGAACCAGUGCAAGCGAGAUUCAACCCAAAGAGCAUUGGAUGCUGCAAACAGUUUCGCGGCAAAUCCGCACUAACAACUUUGGAGAGUCUGAAGAAAUGGCUCAAAGAUCUCGGAGAUGAAAUCGAGGAUAGGUUAGAGAAAGACGCAGUGGAAAAUAAUAGGUGUCCAAAACAGAUGGUGGUUAGUUUUUCAACACAAAUGCUGGAUGGAAGGGACACCAGCAGCUCCAGGUCGUAUAAUUUUGGUGUGGAGGACGAGUUAUGUGGGGAACUGUUUUCUGCUAAGGCAUUGGAAUUGUUACUGGAUAGUGCGGAAGGAUGCAAGCCUAGAGAUGAUGAAGCAGACAGAAAGUUAAAGGCUCCGAUAAAAUUUUUGGGUAUUAGUGUGGGCAAAUUUGAAGAUAACGACAACAAGAAAACUAAGAAAAUAAAAGAUUACUUCAGCGCUGGCACUUCUAAAGGAACAAGUGACGUUAAGGAGAAUAUAAAACCAAUUGGACACACUAGCGAGAGAACGACAAACGAUAAAAUCGCAGUCGGAAAGGAAUACAUCAUCAACAAAUUUUUUCAACAAUCUGAAGAGAAAUUGAAAAGCAAUAAAGAACUUUCAAACACUGAGAAACCAAUAUUAGAGUCCAGUUUAGACAAACAAGAAUCCUUUUUCGCGAAGUUUUUAAAUAAUACCAGUAAAGAAAUGGACGUAAAAAAUAAAAUCGAUCGAUCAACCACACCGGUUUGUCAUGUCGUUACACGUGGGAAUGAAACUAGCAACGACACAGAUUACUCUGGAUCCACAAUUGACGACGAAAUAAACAAAAGUGUUGCGAUGUUUGAAGAAAAUCCAGAAGACGUUGAUAGAGUCAGUGACAUGAGGAAAUUACUUAAUAGCACGAUCUUACAAAAUGAAGAGAUAAGAGACAGUUUUCAUGAAAGUGAAAAUAAGAAUCCAAAUCAUAAAAAUGUUCCGGAUAAUAAUAAUGUAGAAACAAUACAAUGUUCUGAUUGUGGUAAAUGUAUAACCUUAAAUAUGUUCGACAUCCACGCUGAUUACCAUCUCGCUUUAAAGCUAAGAGAAGAGGAAAGGCAACAAUUACGGAAAGAGAAAGAGAAAACGAACACUGUUGUUGAUAAAACUAAGAAGCCAGAAGAGAAAACAAAGAAGCAAGACAUUCCAAAAAUUGAAGUGAAAUCUAUAGCAAAUUUCUUUGUUAAAGUGGAUGACAGUGCACCGAGUAAAAUGUGUUCCGAAUGUGGUAAAAAGGUGCCGAUUGAAAAGUUCGUGGAGCAUUUAGAUUUUCAUGAAGCGCAGAAACUAAGUAGAGAAAUAAAUAGGCCAGUUACCACUUCAAAUAGUCGAGAAUUCAUUGGACCAGUAACGAAUACAAAUAGCAGACCAGAAACAAAUUCAGCUAAAAGAAAAAGAAAAUCCACGUCACCAAUUAAGAAACCUAAAGUGCAAUGUAAAUCAAUUGAUCUGUUUUUUAGGCAGUGAUAUUUUCUUUUAUUUAUAUGUAAAACAAACUAUAUAAUAAACUAAUGGAUUUCUAAUA